UGAACCCUUUUGGAAGCUUAUCUGAAACAUAAAUAACAAUCAAGCCUUUUUCCUCUGAUUAAAAAAAAAAUCAAGUCUUUUUCUGUUUCAUUAGAGUGAUCCAUACGUUCGUUCCCUUGGGUCCCAUAUCCUCUUAUUCCACAAGUCUAUAUCAGUUCGUUGGUAAAUUGAAAGGGGAUUUAAGUGCCUUGAAGAUUUCAUUUUUUUUUUAUAAUCUAUGAACUUGAUUCUUCCAUUAUUCACUGCGGAUCUGGAAUGGCCUUUGCUUCCUUCUAUCUUAUCUUGCUUCUUUCUCUACUUACGCUUCAUGCUUCUGCUGAAGUAAAAAAUCACCAUCCAAGCUGUCCGCCAUUUAACUGUGGAAAGCUUGGCAGAAUUAGCUUUCCUUUUACUAAUACCACCCACUCAGAUUGCGGCUUCAUUGCGGUGGACGGUUGCAGUGAACCGGUUCAGAGAAUCCAACUGGAGGGGGGAGGAAAGUGGUAUGAAGCUAAAAGUAUAUCUGAAAACAAUACCGUUCAAAUUCAUGAUGAAGAGCUCCAAACCCUCCUGAAAUCCAACCAAUGUUAUGCCUUCAGCAACUUGACUCUUCCAAGCUCUCCUUUUCUCUCAUUUCAAGUUACUCCGAAUUUAACAGUGUUCAAAUGCUGCCAUACUCUUAAUAACACCCCCAGUUCGGAUUCGAACUACACAGGCUGCAAAGAUUAUAAUAUAUUCUAUAAUUAUUUGGGUCAUCGUUUACCUAGCCUUCCUCUUCUAUGUUCAAUUCUUCAGCUCCCAUUUAGCAAGCCUGAGAAACGUAAUAACAUUUUUGAGUUGUUAACAGCUAAUUACUCUCUUGAAAUACAAGUAUCCAGUGCUUGUUACAACUGUUUCAAGCAAGGAGGCCAAUGUGAAUUAGAAAGUAAGAAGUUUCAGUGUACUGCUAAAGUGGGGCACAACGGUCUACUGGUGGUUAGAGCAACUACGGUCACUGCAGCUGUUGGAAUUUUGGCUUUAAGUGUUUUACUCUGUUGCAUAAGAAGAAAGUAUUCAUUGGACAAAUCCAUUUUCACACAGAAGAAGGGAACUCAGAACCAUCAAAGUAUUGAGGCCAUCCUGAAAAACAAUGGACCCCUCGCCCCAAAAAGAUACAGCUAUUCAGAUGUGAGGAACAUGACCAAAUCAUUCAGAGAAAAACUGGGCCAAGGAGGCUAUGGUAGUGUGUUCAAAGGAAAUCUACCUGAUGGUUCUCUUGUGGCGGUGAAGGUCCUGCAUGAAUCAAAAAGUAAUGAAGAAGAAUUCAUCAAUGAAGUUUCCAUUAUCAGCAGAACUUCACAUGUUAACAUUGUCACUCUUCUAGGCUUCUGCUUCGAUGGUCCUAAACGAGCUCUCAUCUACGAGCUCAUGCCAAAUGGAUCUCUGGAGAAGUUCAUACAUAAAGAGAAUGUUCUGAAAGCUGAUUAUCAGCUAGGUUGGCAAAAAUUAUUCCAAAUUGCAGUUGGAAUUGCUCGAGGCUUAGAGUACUUACACCGAGGUUGUAAGACACGAAUUUUGCAUUUGGAUAUAAAGCCUCAUAACAUUCUUCUGGAUGACGAGUUCUGCCCAAAGAUCUCUGAUUUCGGUAUGGCUAAAACAUGUCCAAGCAAAGACAGCAUCAUUUCUACGUUAAGCACGAGAGGGACUGCUGGAUAUAUCGCACCAGAAGUAUUCUGCAGAAACUAUGGAGGUGUCUCUCAUAAGUCUGAUGUUUACAGCUAUGGAAUGUUGGUUCUGGAAAUGGCUGCUGGAAAAAAUAUUAUUGAUGAUGAUGUUGGAGCUUCUCCUGAACAUAUCAGUGAAACAUAUUUUCCUCACCUGAUAUACAAUAAACUUGAACAAGAUAAAGAACUUGGGUUGCAAGGCAUGAUGAAUCAAGAAGACAAGGAAAAUGCAAGGAAGAUUGUAAUAGUAGGCUUGUGGUGCAUUCAAACAGAUCCCUCAAACCGACCCCCAAUGAGCAGAGUAGUGGAAAUGUUGGAAGGAAACCUCGAGUCCUUGCUCAUCCCACCCAAGCCCUUCUUGUCAUCUCCUCCAAGAUCACAAUCCAGUUCAUCAUCUACAAUAGAUUCUUCCAUUUUCUAGACAACUAAUGAAUGUAAUCUUUUUCUUUUUUCCGUCUAAGGGAACAUCACAUCUGAUAGUUGUAGUCUUUUAGACCUGCUAAUGUUUCCUGCUCUUGAAGACAUAAUAAAUUGCAGUUUUUGCUGUUCA